UGAGUCUAAAAUUGACGAAAGUCUUGUUUAGCUUAUCAAUUUACAAUGGCAGGUAUUGCUGUACUCCACACGAAGAACCUAGUGUUUAAAAAUUGGAAAUUCAAUUGGAUGCCAUGGCGCACUGUCGCGCUCUAUACCCAGGGACAGUCGCCUGAGCCAAGGAUACGCGAGUACUUCUAUUACAUCGAUCACGAAGGCAUGCUCUUUUUAGACGAUGCCAAAAUGAAAAACUUCACAUCUUGUUUUAAAGAGAAGAAAUUCCUAAAAUUCUUCUUCAGCCGCCUGCGCUUCAAUGAAACACAGCGUUAUGAAAUGUUUCCCUAUUUGUCGCCUUGCGGUCGUGAACGGAAUUAUAUUCGCUGUGAUGAUACGCCAAUUGUUUUUACUGAGCACCUAAAAAAGGAUGCAGAUGGGCGAACUGAUCAUAUAUUAACAUAUGCACAUGGUGGUCCAGAUCUGUCGAUUCCCUUUCAGCCACAUAAACUCUAUAUGCACCCGCAAACCGGACGAGUGUAUCAUCCAGCGUGGCCCCAAGUUGGUGGCAUUGGUCUCGUGCGGUCUAAAUUGGCCAUCGAGCUCAGCCAGAGAUUCGUGUUUUCUAGUGAUGACAAACCGCCCACACAUUUUCAUUGGGAUGACACUGAACUAGAGCUGGAGCAUGAGUGGAUAAAAAACUGUGAAAAGUUCAUAAAGAAGUCUGAAUUAUAGAUCUCAGGAGGCUGCAGGAUAUUAAUUAACUAAUAGAAUGUUAUAUAAUUUACGCACAUAUAUCGAUUGUUAUGACUAUUCAAUGCUUAACGGUUUAAA